CUGCAAACGGUUUAGUUCCUCGCCGCAAACAAAACUAGUCACAACAACGUGGAGCGGAAGCCAGCAGCGCCGAAGUGAACCAGUUAACAGCCAGAGAUACGGUCUGAGAAAGAGAGAGCUUUUGGAAUAAGGAGCAAGUUUUUUCAGAGCCAAAGUGAACGUAGCUUUCGGCGCGUUCGAACCACACUCGUUUGAUUCAUUGCCAGCGAGCCACUGAACCGCCUCGCAUUCCGCGAAUACCAAAAAUAAAUCCGCCGAAAUGCUGCGGACCUUUGCCAUUCUGCUACUGAUCGCAGUGGCUGUAAACGCAAGAGCUGCGCCACAAAAAACCACCGUUUCGCCGGAGUAUGAAGCCACCGAGGAGGUGGACUCCUCCACCUAUAUGUCCGUGGAGGAGGGCACCAUUACGGUGGACGUCGACUCGGAUGUGAUAUUGACCACCAAUCCCGAGGGUGAGGCCUUCACCGAAGCCAGCCCCGUAGUUACGACGGAGGAACCACUUCCGGAUUCGGUGGUGCAACAGCUUGAGAGGGAGCGUGCUCAAGAGGAGGAGCUCAAGAAUCCCGAAAAGCCGGAAGACGAGCUCGAUUCGGAAUCGGAGGAGGAGGAUCAGACCACAUCAACAAACACGGAGCCCCCAAAGUCUGAAAUUUCAGAGAGCACCACCAAGCGGAGCUACAAGUUCGGAGCCACCACACUGCCACCGAGUUUCAUCACAACCACUAGUAGAGUGGAGAUCACCACUAUUCUGCCACAGGACGGAGUCACGACGCCUACUGCUGAGACCGAGGUAACCACCGUCAAGGAGGAGGUCAAAACCAUAAGGAACUACUUCGAGCGGAAGCCCGCACAUAUGGAAGAGAUUGAACUGGACAUGGCCGAGAACCGAAUGGAAACGACUACAAAUGAACCUCUCCAUGAGAACGUGGAGCUUUCCAUGAUUGUGACCACCGACGCCGCCUUGGUGGAGGAGGAUAAGAAGCCCGGAAUUGAGACUGAUCAGGCGGAGUCUGUGGAAACAACAGUGGUACCCGUUCACCAAUACGUUAGCAGUGCAGCUCCUAUCGUCACUGAACCGCAACCGGAACUAACAACGGUGGUGCCAACAGUAAAGGAAGAGGCAGCCACCACUGAGGGUGCCAUUGAGGAAACUACAGGACUGCCACUAGUUUUGUCCACUGCAUCUAAACCCACCACAGAGGCUGAGGAGACCACUGAACCAGCUCCUAGCACCACCACUUCAACCACCGAGACUGUUCUGGUCACCACCAAGGUGGAAACAUUGGAGAACUUCCAGCCAGAGGCCACCACGAUUGCUUUCGACACCUCAACCACCACAAGCACCACUGAAGCUCCAACUACGACGAGCACCACCAGCACCACUGAAGCUCCAAUUACGACGAGCACCACCAGCACCACUGAAGCUCCAACAACGACGAGCACCACCACUGAAGCUCCAACUACGACGAGGUCCACUGAAGCUCCAACUACGACAAGUACCACCAGCACCACCAGUGCUCCAACCACAACCACCACCACAGAACGCCCCAUUCAGACGCGAGCUCCGCGUGUGGAGCGAAUCUUCAACUCCGACGGAGUGGAGGUGCUCUACGGAUACUCGUCGGUGGUGCGGACCAACCGCUCGUGAGUGGUCAGCACCACACGACCUUGUCAAGGUCGGACAACUUGCCAUUAUGUGGAGAUUGAUGCUCGGGUUGUUUUAGGCAAUUUUCCAUUCUAAACGAGUUAUAAACAAAAAUAUUUAAAUUUUAUGCGACGGGCCGCACAGUGUGAUAAACCAAAAAAAAAAGAAAAACAAAUAACGAUGCGUAAGAAGAUAUCGAUGGAGAUACAAAUCCGCACAGACAUCAAACAAAACAAAAAUAAUAUUGUGCAAAAUUUGUGAACGGUCUGCCAAAUGACAAAAAUGAGGAGAAAUGCGUGAGAUAAGCGAUUUUAUAAAUUAUAAAUAAAACAUGAACACCCAUCUUUC